CAGCGCCGGCAACGCCAGACGCAGCAUGGGCAGCAGGCUGUUAUGUUGGGCUGGGGAGGCUCCUGUCGUGGAGCAGAGCUCAGCAAUAGUCCCUGCUGCUGGUGCUGCUGGGCAAUUGUUUUGAUAUCAUUCUCCUAUUUCGUCUGCUUUCUUGUUUUAGCUCCAGGUCCUACUUAUCCCUCUUUCUGUUUUUUGUCCUGGCUCUCUUGCUCUGCUGUCUCAAAUCUCUCUUAUCAAUUGCUUCACUCUUCUCCCAGCAUAUAUUAAUCACAUCAUAUCCCAUCUCUCUAUUUAAAUAUCCAUCAUCUAUUCUUUAAUCUUCUUCUCUCUUACUGGAUUAUCUCCUCAGUAUUGAUCAUUUGUUUUCUGCUCUUCCCUCUCAUAUAUAAACUCAACUAUAUUUAUCUCAAUCCUGGUCAGAGCCGUC